AUGAAGUACCAACAGCUGUUGAUGCGUCGACCUCCCCUUUCACACGAAUAUCUGUGGUCGCCUGGUGUGCGCGAAAUAGCACGGUUAGGUCUACUAGGGGUCAUGGUGAUCCUUGUUGCAGGUGACAUUUUAGAACAUACUUUUUUGAGAAUAAGUGCAGGAAGAGUAAAAGACUUUCAUACACAGGCCCAUAUGUGGAUCUGUGUCGCGGCCCUUUUCGUUUUCCUUUUUCUAUGUUCGCCUCGGAAUUUAAUUUUAUUUAAUCCAGAGUCGGUGGACGCGAUUGGUCUUUUGAUUAUGAAGCACGUAAUUGUGAUGUGA